AUGACGUUGAUUAAAGGAGGACGUCUUUUCCAUCAAUUGAUUGUGGACGUUUAUACAGCCAUAGAGGAAGAUCGUCUAAGGUGGGCAAGGAAUAAUCAGGAUGUCUUGAGGGCCGAGCUAUACAGUAAUGUUUUAGAUGCUGUGAGCAGAGGUGACACUGAUGCUAAGGUAGUUGGACAGAGGUUUAUACUGCCUCCGAGUUUCACUGGUGGGCCCCGGUACUUAAUUGAGAAAUACUAUGACGCAAUGGCUAUUUUCAGAGACUUCGGUAAUCCAGAUCUGUUCAUCACGAUGACAGCGAAUCCAAAUUGGCCCGAGAUUAAAGAUCAUCUUGCGAGGUACGGUGGAGACUCUCCCAAUGAUAGACCGGACAUUGAAUGUCGAGUCUUCAAAAUGAAACUAGAUCAGCUACUAAAAGACUUCAAGAAAGGGACUUUCUUCAAACCGACACCAAGUUCGGAAGAAAUUGAUGACAUUAUCUCGGCCGAGCUCCCCGACAAAGAUGAAGAUCCUGAGGGUUAUAAUCUGGUUACGAAACACAUGAUCCAUGAGCCGUGUGGUAAACUUAAUCCGAGAUCUCCGUGUAUGGAAAAAAAUGAAUGCACAAAAAAGUUUCCUCGGCCGUAUCACAACACCACUUCGAUUGACAAGUCGGGAUAUGUGCUAUACCGCCGGCGGAGGAAUGAAAAGGCAAGUGUCGUAAAGAAUGGAUCGAUCCUAGACAACACCUUCGUUGUGCCCCAUAACAUCAAACUUCUGAAGAAGUGCAACGCUCAUAUAAAUGUCGAGUGGUGUAACCGAACAAGUGCGGUGAUGUAUUUAUUCAAGUACAUAACCAAGGGUGUUGACAGAGCAACCGUUGUUAUUGAGAAAGGCGUAACGGCAGAUUCUUCAGAAAAACACUGCCCUCGGAGGGAACAAGUCAGAGGGUCAUCAAGGCCCGCAAUGAAAUCCAAGACUACAUCGAUGCUCGAUGAUCGGUACUUUUUGAGGAUCCUCAUAAAUAAGAUCAAGGGGCCCCGCAGCUAUGACGAACUCAAAACGUACAACAAUGUCAAAUAUCCUGAUUUCAAAUCAGCAUGCCACGCACGCGGCUAUUUGGACAACGAUGUUGAAUGGCAUGAGACCAUGACAGAAGGCGUUAGAUGGGCUACCCCAAAUCAGCUCCACGAAAUGUUUGUCACGUUUUUGACCAACUGCUUUGUUACAAGUCCUAAACAUUUAUGGGAGCACUCUUGGAAAUCAAUGAGCGAGGAUAUACUACACAAAAGGCAGAGAAUUAUGGGCCAUCCGAAUCUCGAGCUAGAUGAUGACACUCUUGAGCAGUACACGUUAAUCGAAGUUGAAAAAUUAAUGCGUAUGCAUGAUCGAUCCUUAGGCGACAUCACAGAUAUGCCUAAGAUCAAACCUGUUCUGCUCAAGGAACUUGGCAACAGUAUGUGGAGCCAAGAACUGGAUUAUGACAUCGCCGAGGAAACGUUAAGACAUGAGAAGCAGUUUACCCAGCUAAAUGCUGAUCAACGGGCGAUUUACGAUUCAGUCUUAGAAUCUGUUGACAAGAAGGAAGGCAAGCUAUUCUUUGUUUAUGGUGCAGGAGGCACAGGGAAAACAUUCCUUUACCAAACCAUAAUAUCACGACUUUGCUCUAGAAAACAAAUUGUUCUACCGGUAGCCUCUUCUGGAAUAGCUGCAUUGCUCCUCCCAAAUGGUAGAACUGCCCAUUCUCGCUUCAAUAUCCCUCUUAAGCUCUCAGAAGAUAAGCUGUGCAACAUCAAACCCGGAACAAUGCUGGCUGAACUAAUCCUGAAAACGGAUCUUAUAAUUUGGGAUAAAGCGACACAUAAGCAUGCGUUCGAGGCACUCGACAAAUCGUUGAGGGACAUAGUGUCUAGAAAGGAUGCAACCGCGAAAGAGUUGACCUUCGGCGGCAAGACUGUACUAUUAGGCGGUGAUUUCCGACAGAUACUUCCGGUAAUCCCAUGCGGCAAUAGAGCUGAUACGGUCUUAGCUUCAAUAAGUCACUCAUAUAUCUGGCAUAGUUGUCACAAGUUCUCUUUGAAAACAAAUAUGAGACUAAAUCAAGAAGAGAAGGAAUUCUCGGAUUGGCUUUUGCAAGUCGGUGAAGGACGUGUAGAAUCAGAGUCGGGUGAUCAGUCUGAGAUUCAUCAUGAACAAAUGAUAGCUUUCGAUGGCUCACUUAUUCGACAAAGCGGGGUAGAUUCAUUGAAAGAGGUUGUCGAUGCAGCAUACAAAGGAGUUAACACGAUAAAUUCCUCCCAGAGCUACUACACUGAUAGAGCAAUCCUCACACCACGAAAUGAGACUGUUGAUGAGAUCAAUGCUUACAGAAUCUCUCAUACAGAUGGGGAAUCAAGAGACUACUACAGUUUUGAUAGCUUUGAGAUAUCGGAAACGAGAUCAGAUCAAAAUGAGACACUAUACCCAGUUGAGUAUCUCAAUUCAUUGGAGUUUUCGGGACUGCCUUCACAUAAACUCACCCUAAAAGUCGGCGCCCCGGUUAUGCUAUUACGGAACAUAAACCAAAGAAAAGGAUUUUGCAACGGUACCCGCAUGAUCUUAACCCACAUAGGCAAGCGUUUGCUGAAGGCAGAAAUUGUCACCGGAUCUCAUAUUGGAAAAGAGAUCUUGAUUCCAAGGAUUGUUCUUCUGCAUGAGGAAACAAAUCUACCGUUCACCUUACGGCGACGACAGUUCCCUAUCAGGUUGUGCUACGCAAUGACAAUCUACAAAAGCCAAGGUCAGAGCUUGAAAGAAGUCGUUUUAUAUCUCCCCAAACCCGUGUUCUCUCAUGGUCAACUUUAUGUGGCCUUAUCACGCGUCACAAGCAAAGCGGGAUUAACGAUCAUAAAAGGCGAAGAUUCCCACCAGCUAAGGGUGAAGAACGUAGUUUACAAAGAUAUCUUCAAAGGUCUUCUUCCCCACAAAGAUACGUCCAAUUUACUGAAAACUCUCCCACCACCACCUUUGUUAAAAAAUAACCUUAAAACAAAACCUCUUAACAGAUUUAGGAAGCUCGACAACGCGAUUGUGAGAAGUGCAUUCUCAUGGGAAAAAGGGUCUUACAAACCUAUGCUAUUUCUUACAUGUGAUUUAACUGCAGCAACUCUUCGUUACCCUCUUUCUUAA